AUGGUGAAAGAUGGCCAGCUGCGAAUCUUUGUGUUGGCUGAUGUGGACGGGCAAGACUCAUGUCGUCUUCACGCCUACGAUGUCGGCGCGGAUCGGUGGGCGGAGAUGGGUAUGUUUCCUGUCCGUGACGCCUGGCUGACCACGAUUGAUGAUCGUAUUUACCUACUGGGUGGCGACAGGGAGGUGUACGCUUUCGACAAGGAAGUCCGCCAUUUGACAGCUAAAGCCAAGAUGCCAUUAGCGCUGUUCGACAGCGCAAUGGUGGCCUGCAGAGGCCUGCUGUUUGUGUUUGGAGGAGCGAAUUGGGUUUCGAGCAGUAAAACUUAUCGUAUAAGCGCAGGAGCAUAUUGCUACGAUCCAGCACGCAACGUCUGGAAGAACCUGGCGCCGAUGCCGACAGCGCGCUCCAAGUGCAGAGCAUGCGUUGGCCUAGAUGGGCUCAUCUACGUAGUAGGUGGGUGUGGCGGCAACCUUGAUGAGGCUGGCAAGCGUGUCGACGCAUACAACAUCCAGACGAACCAGUGGCAGUCUAAAGGAGUCAAGAGUACUGGGAGGGCGAAGAUGGGUCUGGUGCGGCUGGAAGACAAGUUGUAUGCCGUGGCAGGCUCUGUUGCAACUUGUGGCGGAGUUCUUGCGACUGAGCGUUACGAUCCGGAAGCGAACCGUUGGGAGCCGUGUGAACCGGCAUUUCCACUGCAGUGCGACAUGCACUGUGCCGUUGUGCCACGGUCCAUCGCUUGGAAAAACAUGCAACGGUCCAAUCCCGACGAUCGUGGCUAA